CAUCCCAAUUCACAACUCGCUGCUCAAGCACAUCUUCUAGCCUUGUACACACAGAGCUAAGCGUCUGCUUGCUUCAUCUCAUCUCGGCCUCUCCCGAUCACCAUCGGCAGCUACCAGAUGGCUCGCUUCGCCGUGGUCGCCGCAAUCAUCGCCCUCCUUGCCGUCGCCACCGCGGCGCAGGGCCCCAUGCCGGCGCCCAGGAUGGCCCCACUACCGGCGCCUCCGGCGAGGUCCCCGGCCACUGCCCCUGCGCCUGUCGCCACCUCGCCCACCGCCGCGUCGCCGUCCCCGAUGGCCUCUCCCCCGGCCCCGCCCACCGACGCGCCGACUGACGCUCCCUCAGCGAUGACGCCGUCCGCGGUCUCCGCCACACCCUCCGGUGCCCCCACCGGCACUCCCGCAAGCUCUGCAGUGUACUCGUCCGCCGCCAGCUUCGUCGCAGUCGUCGGAGCGGUCGCCGUAGCCGUCAUGUUCUAGAUGGAGGGACGACUCUGCUUCGUCUUGUCCAUAUAAUUUAGAUUGUUUCUGCGGAUUCUUUAUUAGAGACCGAAUGGAGAUUACACGACAUUGCUAUGUAAUCUGGUUACACAUGCAUGAGAUUAUUAUGAAUAUACAAUUCUUUCAUUUGUUUCCUUA